AUGAACCCCACAACACUGCGUGAGGUGUCAAACCUCUCGGGCGGCAUCGGCGAUGUGAAGCAGCGCCUGGCUCAGCGUAUUGGUAGUAGCUGGGACUCCUAUCGUCUUGCCCCCUCAACGCUCGUGCCUAGGUCAAGCCUCUACGACCUUUGCCCCGGCACAAAGGAGAGGUCGAAGGAGAUGCUUGUAAGUCCCCGCGCCGAUCGUUGCCACGCCGAUAACCCUGUUUUCUGCAACAACAUUGUCAAGGACAUCACCGCCAUGUACACGGAGUGGGAUAAGCAGAUUGAAGGGAAGGCAAACAAUGACCAGAUUGUGGCGUCACCCAGAUACUUAACGUAUCAGCCGGAGAUUAAUGAAAAGAUGCGUAUGAUUUUGGUGGAUUGGCUCAUUGACGUUCAUCUCAAGUUUAAACUUCACGCAGAAACAAUGUACUUGGCAGUGAAUAUCUUGGACCGCUACCUUUCCACUGUGAAUACGAAGCAGCCGGCGGGAACGUACGUUGCCCGAUCGCAGCUGCAGCUAGUCGGUAUCACUGCUAUUCUGCUUGCCGCCAAGUAUGAGGAAAUUUGGCCCCCAGUAGUGAAGGAAUGUGUACACAUUAGUGCCAACACAUACACACGGGAGGAGGUCCUCAAAAUGGAGCGCAGCGUUUGUUCUGCCUUGUCUUUCCGUUUGACGGUCCCGACGCCGUUCCCCUACCUAGUGCGUCUGCUAAACCUUAUGGAGGGAUUGGACCAUUCUGGAUCGUCGGGGGAGGAGUAUGGUGUCUACCUGACCCGGCUGCGUCACACCGCCUUCUUCUUUAUGGAGCAUGGUAUGCUUGAUUACAAAUGCCUGCAGUUUACCUCAUCCAAGCAUGCAAAUGCCUCGCUGUUUCUCGCCCUUUUAACCAUACGAAUCAAACAAAAAGGCGGCACUUGCUCCUUUGAGGGCGAAACAAUUUGGACACGUCAUCUGCAACACUACAGCAAGGCAAAGGUGUGUGAUUUCAAGGCAUGCGCGGAAGCCAUACUGGAGUUUGUGAACUAUGUUCCCACUACGAAGUAUCAGGCGGUGCGGCGCAAGUACAGCAGCGCAAGGUACGGUGAGGUGACAAAGCUCAUCAUGCCUAACGAGGUCCCCGACCGCUGA